CGGCAGAGAGUGUGCGCAGCGGGACUGCCCGCCCUUUCCGCCCUGCCACGGUGCUUUUCCGCACUGAUGGCGGCGAGCAGCCAGGAAGUGGCUCAGCAGCAAAUUGAUGAAAUCGAAGCCCUCUCGUCCAUAUACGGUGAAGAUUGGUGUGUUGUUGAUGAAGAUGAGAAAAUCUAUUGCAUUAAGAUUGGUGACUGUCUGGAUCAACCAAAGUGGACCCUCUGCCUGCAGGUGAUUUUGCCUCCAGGGUACCCAACUUCAGAGCCACCUAUUUAUCAACUGAAUGCUCCUUGGCUUCGGGGACAAGAUUACACUGAACUAGCAAAUAGCUUGGAAGAAAUAUAUAUACAGAACCUUGGUGAAAGUAUUCUUUACUUGUGGGUGGAGAAGAUACGAGAACUUCUGGUGGAAAAGGCACAGUCAUCAAAUUCAGAACCAGAUACUAAGAAAACCACUGAAGAAGUUGAUGAAGACAAUGGGGAUGAUUUUCUCCUGGACUAUCAGCCUGUUCAGGAAGAUCCGGUAGAAAUUUUAAGUUAUAUCACAUCUGAAAGUCAAGAAGUAGAUGAAGAACUGCCAAUGAUACAUCAUGGAAACCCACUCACGGAUCGAAGGAGUACAUUCCAGGCACAUCUGGCUCCUGUGGUGACACCCAGACAAGUAAAGAGAGUUCUUGAAAAAUUAUAUGAGAAUAAGAAAAUUGCAAGUGCCACCCACAACAUAUAUGCAUACAGGAUAUACUGUGAAGAUAAGCAUACGUUCUUACAGGACUGUGAAGAUGAUGGGGAGACAGCAGCUGGUGGACGUCUUCUUCAUCUUAUGCAGAUUUUGAAUGUCCAGAAUGUGUUAGUUGUGGUAUCCCGCUGGUAUGGAGGUAUUCUGUUAGGACCAGAUCGUUUUAAACAUAUCAACAAUUGUGCAAGAAAUAUACUUGUGGAAUACAACUAUGUACAUUCAGUGGAAGAAUCAUCCAAACCAGCAGGAAAGAACAAAAAGAUAAGGAAGGACAACAAGAAGAGAACAGAACACUAAUUUACUAAUUUAUUUCUGGAAACUAUAAAAGAUUACUUUGCACAUAUUUAUAGAAAGGAAACAUGGACAUUAAUGCCUUAUGAAAUACAAAGUUUUGUAUUCAAAAGAGAAUUUAGUAAAGCUAUAUCUAUUUUUUCAUCUUGUUCCGUGAUUUCUUUUGCUGUUCUAUAGUAGAACUUAGACACAAUCUUUUUUAUAUUCUUGUACUAUUUCCCCCCUUAGUGAUGGCUGACUGAUUUAAAGUGCAGAUUGUUUACCCACUGCAGAGUUCAAACUCAAACAUCAGUCUUGUGUUAGAACUUAAAUUCACUAGUUUGUUGUGUUGACAGUGAGGCUGAAGUUAUUCGAAGGCCGAGAUCACUUAUGAAGUUUAAAAUUUUCAAUACCUAAUAGUAAAACUAGUGGCCAGUGCUGUAUGGCAUUAAUCCUGCUUAUGCAGUUCUCAUGCUAGUUAGCACCUGCCUGAUGACACAAGGAAGGAACAUGAGUGAUGAAUAAAGAAAUGGAGGAAUUUCUUCAGUGUUUCUUUGAAGAUUUUACUCUAAGUAGCAGACUUGCAGAACUUGUUGAAAGCUUGAAGAUGAAGUGUUGUGUAACUAAAACAACCGAUGAUUUCAACAAAGAAUAAGGGGAUUUUGAAAUCAGAUUGUUACAGCUAGUCAUAAACAUCAGUAAACAUUCUGAAAUUAGUUCUGAAGAUGGGGAAAAAAAAGAUCAGAAAUGGUUGGAUUUUCUACUCAUGUGUAAAUAAAUAACUUCCACGCUUUUCUCUAGAGAGAAAAUUACCUAGACUUUGUCAGCUGAUUUUCGUAUUGCAAUUUAGUUUUUAUUAAUUUUUAUUUUUAUUUUUUAAAAUAGUUCUGAUUUUUUUUUUGUAUCUUUCACUUCCAGAGGAUGAAA